GUGGCCAUCCGAGGCCCGGGCCUCGCCCUCUGCCAAUCAAUCAAUCGUAUUUAUCGAGCUCUUACUGUGUGCAGAGCACUGGGCCAAGCGCUGCCCCCCAAGGACUGUGCAGGUCGCCCCCCAACCCGGCUCGGUCGCCCAGGCCCCGCGGGGAUGGCAUCGGGGGUCGCCCUGGAGCCCCCAGUUAAGUGACUGCCCCCCAAUCCCCCUUCCCCGUUCUCCUUGUCUCGGAGGGGUUGGCCCAGACAAAGGGCACUGUCGUCCAGACAGUUGCCCCUGUCCACCCCGAGAGGUGCUCAGGAGACAGCCGGCUGCGAUGCCAUCGAGGGGGGGGCACGCGUGGACCCCAGGAUCCCCCCCAUCCCAAGGCGGGAGUCGGUGCCGGACGCGUGUCUCGUUCCUCCUUCAGCAGCCCCAAGCCAUUGUCUUUUAGUGAGCACUGUUGGGUAGGGACUGUCUCUAUAUGUUGCCAACUUGCGCUUAGUACAGUGCCCUGCACCCAGUAAAUACGAUUGAUUGAUUGAUUGAUUGUUCAGCCCCCUUGCUCCGGACCUGAUGGGAUGGGCUGCCUUCUUUCUCAUCCAAGUCUGGAGCAAGGGGGAGAGGGCGCGUUUUCUGUCACCUAUUUUGUCAAAGAAAAAAGGACCUUCAGGAUCACCCUCCCCCACUUCCAGGAGCCUCUCUGGUCCAGAGUGGCUCCUAAUGUUGCACUGAUUCUCUUUUUCUUAUUUAUUAUUUUAUGUGGAAAGAACCACGCCCAGGUUUCUUAAGGGGGCACCGCACUCCGGUUGGAAAUGCAUUGUUCCUCUGGCAGGCGGUGGAUGGGUAGUGUCCUGUGAGCUACCUACAGUUUCGUGGGAUUCCCCCCACCCACCCCACACUGAAAUAUUUUUUUUUCAAGACCGUGGGAUGCUGGGGGGCAGAAGGGGGGCCGUCGGAGGGGCUGCCGCCUCCUCUGCCACCGGAGCCAGGAGGUCGGAGGCCGGAGAAGGGGCUGCCCAGAGGGAAGAGGAGCAAGAGGAGGAGGGGGAUGAAGAUCUCCGGGAAGGAGGCGUCCCCUUCUUCGUCAACCGUGGCGGCCUGCCCGUGGACGAGCCCACGUGGGAGCGGAUGUGGAAGCACGUGGCCAGAAUCCACCCCGACGGGGUGAAGGUGGCACAGAGGAUCCGCGGGGCCACAGACCUGCCCAAGAUUCCCAUACCAAGCGUGCCUGCGUUCCAGUCAUCCACAGCCAUCCCCGAGCGCCUGGAAGCCAUUCAGCGCUACAUCAGGGAGCUGCAGUACAAUCACACCGGGACACAGUUCUUUGAAAUUAAGAAGAGCAGACCUCUGACUGGGCUAAUGGACCUGGCCAAGGAAAUGACCAAAGAGGCUCUGCCAAUCAAAUGCCUGGAAGCUGUGAUCCUGGGAAUUUACCUCACCAACAGCAUGCCCACGCUGGAGCGCUUCCCCAUCAGCUUCAAAUCCCACUUCUCAGGGAAUGACUUCCGCCACAUCGUGCUGGGAGUGAACUGCGGGGGCCGCUUUGGGGCCCUGGGCAUGAGCCGCCGGGAAGACCUCAUGUACAAGCCGCCCACCUUCCGCACGCUCAGCGACCUGGUGCUCGACUUCGAGGCCGCCUACCGCCGCUGCUGGCACGUGCUCAAGAAGGUCAAGCUGGGCCAGUGCGUGUCCCACGACCCGCACAGCGUGGAGCAGAUCGAGUGGAAGCACUCCGUCCUCGACCUGGAGAGGCUGGGUCGGGAGGACUUCCGCAAGGAGCUGGAGCGGCACACCCGUGACAUGAGGCUGAAGAUCAGUAAAGGCGCCGGCCCACCUUCUCCCGGCAAGGAUCGGAAGAAGGAUGUGUCUUCCCCACAGCGGAGCCAGUCCAGCCCCCACCGCCGCAACAGCCGCGGAGAGAGACGACCCUCUGGUGAGAAGAAACCGACUGAACCCAAAGCCAUGCCAGACCUGAAUGGGUACCAGAUCCGCGUUUGAGGACAAAGUGAUCCGUUCUGCCCACCGCGGGCUCAGCGCCCAUGGUCUCAGCUCCCACGGUAUCAGCGCCGGCUCCCACCCCGGGGCUGGAUUCGCCCGCCUGCCGCAAGCGUGGGGAGAAGACCGGGCAGUGAUGGGCGGACGGACGGAGGGACAGGGGCACAGCGUGCUCAGCUGCUGUUUCCCUGACCCCAAACCUCUCAAAGCCUGGGAGGUUUUUCGCACGGCCCGAUGGGCAGUUAGUAUUCCUGGUUUGGGUUUUUUAAUUCAGUACAAACGAUUUUGGAUUUCAGACUAACAUAUCUGACAUUCAGCAGGCCACUCCUGGGCUGGGGUUGUAAGUGCCAUGGGGGUGAGAGGCUCUGCCGCUGCUGUCUCCUCCCAGGACCGCAUCAGGGUUGUCGAGACCACUCAGGGUGGAUUGCCCCGUCCACUUCCAUUCCUUUCCACCCUGCCCUGCUCUGAGCUGCAUUUGGCAGGCAGAGUCAGGGAUUAUUGCACCCCCACCCCACUAACCCAAGGACAGCAAGGGCAGAAGAGGAGUCCACUUGAGAAUCCCUCUUGUCCCUACUACAUCUGGAGGGUCAGUUGUCCCUAAGCCCCCUUUCUCCCCUGCCCUCUGCACAGGAGAGUGAGUCAUUCUGGGAAUCUCCAUUCCCCCGAGCCCCGGGGACCUGGGCAGGCGUGGCCCAGUCGAGGAGAGAAGCCAGCCAUCGCAAAGUCUGUGCAGGGCACGCAGUCAGGGUUAGACCCCACCUGCAGGCACAGCCCCUGGAAACUCAAGCCGUGGUCUUGCUCUAAGGAAGGAAGCAUUCAGUGGGGAGAGAGACGGAAAGCAAGGCGGGGGAGAGUCCCUCACGCCGUUAGGGGCUUGGGGAUCCCCUUGAGGAUCUGCUGUGGCGAUAGCCUCAAACCUCAGUGAAGUCCAUCCCUCCCUGUUCUCCCGUGGCCCUCAGCGGCAGCAGUGACCUCAGACUGGGCUACGGAUCGGGGAGGGAGCAGCCGGAGGAGAAGCAGGAGUGGGGCUACAGCAGUCUGUGGAGAAAGGAGAUGGUGAGUGUUAUUCCCACCAGCGAAGGAGAAUGGCUGCUGUGGGCUCUCCCGGGCCUGCUGGACUAGCCACGUCUUCCUUCUUUCCUGGGGGCCAUGGGGACCGGGCAUGCCCACGGUGUUCUGCUUGGGGCGUUUGUCCCUCUGCUGCCCCUCCACAGCUCCCCACCAGAGCCAAAUAUGCAGCCUGCACAACGGGUUGGGGACACCCACACACUUCAACCCCAGGUGUGUCGGCCAAGCCAGCUCCUCUCGAGGCUGAGGAGUGCGGAGGGGGAUGGGAGAAGGACACGGCCCUAGACUAGCGAGGAGGCAGCGGGGCAGGAGGAGCCAGGCUGCAGCGGGAUAGGUGGACGGAGGUAGAAUGUGACUGGAAUG